GGGUUCUACAGGGUGGUACUUCGAAAGCUAUCGCGAGAAACUGAACAUUUUUUAUUUAGUGACUGUUGAAUCUGAUCUUCUGUUUGCUGUAGCCUACAACAAGCCGAGUCAUUAUAUUAUACACUCUUCACACAGUAGCCACAUGGCUAGGGUAGAACUCACACCGUUGAAACCCUGGGACGAUUUCUUCCCAGGUUCCGACCGAUUUGCUAAACCAGACGCGAGAGAUUUACCUAGAUGGAACAACAGGGUUGUCAACAACUUGCUUUAUUAUCAGACAAACUAUUUUGCAAUGGCUAUCAUUGUUUUCCUUAUUGUGGGGUUUCUCAACCCUAUGGGGAUGUUCAUGGGCAUGGCAGUGGUGUCGCUGGUCUUCCUGGGCUCAGUGUGGGCUGGAGAGAAUAAGGCCAUGAUCAAAGACUUUAAGAGGCAGAACCCCACAUUAUUUGUCAUGGCAGUGAUGGUAGCCAGCUACUUUCUUAUGUCUCUCUUCGAUGGUGUCAUGGUCUUCAUGUUUGGGAUCACAUUUCCUAUUCUCUUGAUCUUUGUACACGCCUCACUUCGACUUCGCAACAUGAAGAAUAAACUGGAGAAUAAGAUAGAGGGGGCGGGGCUGAAGAAGUCACCAAUGGGUAUUCUACUGGAGGCGCUGGGCCAGCAGGAAGAGAGCCUGCAGAAGAUCCAGGAGUUCCUUGAGGGGAAACCCAAGGAAGGAUGAACUCUACACAGAAAACCAACAACACACACGCCACAGUCCCUAUGUUGUCAUAGGUCCCCUAUCACAUCCCUGGCCUCUGAUUAAUGGGAACGCGUUCCUUUGCACACCCCCUUUAAUGUGCAGUCUCAAUGCAUUCAAUCAAUGUUGGAUAGAAAUCAUUGUAAUACAUGUUUGAACACUUCAGCUACAAACCGUAUAGCCUAUCUCGCAUGCAGGUAUAUGUGUGUUUGUUGAUUUAGUCUAGAGAACAUGUGUUGAAAACCAAAGCUUUAAUUUUACUUCAGAAUAUUUGUUACUCCACCCAGAACUUGUCAGAACCCUUCUUUCAAGUAGUGAUGACAGCAUCUCGAUACUGGCUCACAUCCUUGCUAUGCAAUGUUGCAAACAAGUUGCAAAUUACUAUUCCUUGUUGAAUGUAUUUGUGUGUGUAGGUGGGCAAAUGUUUCCAAAUCCCACAUGCAAUAUUUACACAACCUGUUCAUGCUUUGUGACUUUUGUAAAUAUAACAAGAGUGAAAACAUUGUGGUGUUAAAAGCACAUCUGUGACCUGACAGAUUGAGGUCACUUGGUUUGAAAAAAUAAACAAACAGAACUAUG